UAGUGUUUUGAGAAAGCAUGUCUGAAAGAAGUAUGUUGACAUAACAUGUGUCAAGAUUUAUAUACCUUUGAGAUUUUAACAAGCUGCAGCUGAUUGUUAUAGCUGAAGAAUAGAAAUUGAUAGCCCGUUCUGUUUCAAACGUGCCACAUCGACACUGCACAAUCCUGCUUAUUCAAAAGCCAAAACGUGACUGUUUUAUCAACAACUAAUAUGUCGCAAAGCAAGCCGUGUUCUUUGGAUAAUUUCGUUGACGAUUUCCCGGAGAAUGUCAACAUUGCUGACCUCUGCGAUUGUGGUCGCCACAAGAAAAUGGGGCGACUCACAAAAACGACCCGCCGCCAUGAAAAGUUUCCAGUGACUGACUACCAAGCAACGUUUCAGGCAGUGCAACAUCCACGACCUCGCUCUUCCAAGCGCCCCCCUCCCAGUCCACCGCCGGAAAAUGCAGGGAAGCCCAUGUUCUUUGAGACGAACCAAAGAUUCGAGUUCAGACGGCCGACCAAUGUAGAGAGGGUGAAGCCUAUUGUUCAGGAGGACAAGUAUGAGCGUCUAGACAUCCCCCUAGACGCUACAACGUCAUACCAGAAGGAGUUCAUUCCUAAACAAGCGGAACCGGAAAUACGGGUCUACCCUAUGCGAGACAAACUUAAAAUGUCGUCUGCUAAAUUUGAAAGUUCGACUACCAACAAGCAACACUACAAGCACUGGGUGCCCCAGCCGAGCGUGCCUUUCGGAGAGCUGCCGAGUUUUGCAGGGUCCAUCUUAUUCCCUGAGAAAGACUAUCUGCCUGAGAGUACCACCAAGAACUCCUUUCUCGGGAGGUUCGCCCCUCCCGCUGACCAGGUCAGACCGGGUAUCACCAACAUCAAGAUUGAAGGGGAAAUGAAUUUCGAUACAACCCACAACAGGACGUUUCAGAACAUAAGCGGAGAUCACCGAGUCAAGCCGAUCACCAACAAGCCUGACCUGCCACUUCAUCGCAGAGAGCGUUUUAACGGGGAGUCGCAGUCUAAACGAGACUUCCCCGGCUUCAUGUCCGGACAACCUCUACCGCCGAAACCAGCCGAGCCAGCACCUGCCACCAUUGACUUACGAUUUGAUAACAAGAGGAAUUUUCAGACAGAGCAAAGGUCAACGUUCAAAGGUCACGAUGUGGUCCAGCACCCAGCGCCCAUCCCCUGUAGAAAGGAAGAUGAAGCUUACGUCCCCUCCGCCAUGAAGUUUGAGUCGGAGACUUCGCAGAGGAGAGAUUUCCGACCAAUAGACGUAUCUCAGAAUACUGUACCCAAAGCAGUUGCCCCAACGGCCAAGCUCCACACAUCGCCAGAUGUCAAGUUUGACGGUAGAACCAGUAACAAGGACUUCUUCAGAGACUGGGGCGUGGCACCCAGAGUGAGAUACGGCGACUUCCACGAGAACCGACCCUACGUCCCACCCGUGGUACGAUUUGAAGGGGAGAGUGUCACCAAAUCCACAUUCGUCCCAAAAUACGCCGAACCUGCGCGGAGCUUCAAACCGGAAACAGCGGCCAAAGACACGCAGCCGCAGACCAAGCAUUCAAUGGACUAUUCCACCGCAUACAGUGAGACAUUCCAGCCCAAGAGGCCGCCUGUGUGCAAGGCUCAGGCGUAUCUAAUCCAACAGGAACUCAAGAGACGGAACGCAGCGGUUGAGAAUCCAGAAAUGGCAAAUUCUUUAGUGUUUGCAAAGUAACCCGAUACUUGAGAUGAUUUUCGUAUGUUAUGACUUCAUAAUUCAAGGUUUCCCUAAUCAAGGCAAAAUUAACUUCGACUUGGCUCAUCGUAAGGAUGUUAACCCGUUCACCCCUUUAUCAGUUCUUGUUGACUUUUGAUUAAUUCUAGUAAAUUCGAAGGCCAAAUUUAGAAGGUUUCGCUAUGAUUCAAUAUAUUGCCGUUUUUUUAAUCUUUUACUUUCAGAUUAUUUCAAUGUCAGAGCAUAUCUGUGAUUUUAUUGGUGUGUGGCUUCCAUCUAGGCUUGGAAUCGAUGAUUACGAAUGACUUGUCCGGCCAUAUUUCCAGAAUGAAAUCUGAUCGGCGCUGAUUAUGAAUGUUGUUUGCUAGCACCAUACAGGUGCUCGCUGGUUGCAACCCACAUCUUAGGGGCGAUGGGUUAUCAUGUGGCUCCCAUACUCAAACAUAAGUAGGAGAGACAUAUGGCUGAGAUCACACAGCGGAUCCUGGUCCUGAAGUCCUCAGUAUUAUUUAGUUGUGAAGUCUUUUGUAUUAUUUAGUUCUGAAGUCUUUAGUAUUAUUUAGUUCUGAAGUCUUUAGUAUUAUUUAGUUCUGAAGUUCUCUGAAGUCCCCAGUCAUCGGUUCCCAAUUGCGCAGAUCGAUGCUCAUGCUGUUGAUCACUGAAUUGUCUAGUCCAGACUCGAUUAUUUACAGACUGCCGCCAUAUAGCUGGAAACUUGCUGAGUGCGGCGUACAACUAAACUCACUCACUCACUCACUCUGAAGUCCUCAGUAUUAUUUAGUGCUGAAGUCCUCAGUAUUAUUUAUUCAUCAAGUCCUUAGAAUUAUUUAAUCCUCAAGUCCUUAAUAUUAUUUAGAUUUCUAAUACAGGUCCCAGUCCAUAUUUCACCAGGCAGUGAAUGGGUACCCGGUAGGCAGAGAUAAUAAUAUAACUGCAAACCUUCAUCACCUCACAGGCAGCUUGGGUUGUAUGAUCCUCAGGACGCUGAGAAUGAAACAUCGACUGCGCCAUGACCAUAGACCCGAAUUUAAUACAGUGCUUGUAGCAUACACUUUACAGUUUAUGUGCUUUACAAACGUACUCUGUUAUGGUACUUCACUGUACGUAUUUCUUCAGCGUAUUGCAUGGAUGAUCAUGCACCUACUUAUUUCUGACAACAGGGUUGAGAAAACUUGCAGUUUCUCUGUUUCGAAUGCCAAAACAAGCUCAAGCUGAUAUUUGCAUUGUUAUUUCUACUGAUCGAAUCUGUGAUAAUUCGUGUGACUUUCAUUAAGAUACCUUUGUGUGAGAUUAUGUUGAUAUAACCUUUCGACUCAUUUAUUUUCAUUGAAGUCACAACUCUCGUUAUCUCCUCACGUACCGGAAGUGAUCUUAUUUCCGGAAAUGAUAUCGUCAUAUUUCGACAGAUGUUCGACACAUUUUAUUUGUCGUCCCAACCCCAAACUCAAAGUUGUGACGUAAUUUCGAUAUUAGCUCCCAUCAAAUGGUUUAGACUCUUACGAAUGUUGAACAAAAACACCUUUACAAUCGUAUUAUCUAUAUUGUUCAUGAACAACUUCUAUGCUGACAGUGUCUUUCAGGGACCUGGAAUGGUCUCGAAACGUCGUGAGAGAAAUUAAAAAGAAGUUUAAUCCAUAAAUCUUGGACAACUUCUAUGCUGAUGAUGGUAUAUACUUUGGGUUUACUCGUGUUUAGAUAAGUUCUUGCAAUAUGUUUCGAGUUUCAAAUCGCAUCUAUGUUUAAAAGCACGUUGCAGUGUGCUCUUUAUCUGAAACGGUCAUGGGUGAUGUACGUAUCUUGUUGAAUUCAACAUGAAACCAUGCCAGGAUUUAGCUACUGAACGUGUAUUGUUUGCGUUUCAAGAACAUAUAAGUAACAAAGUUUAACAUUAGGGACGCCAAAUCACAAAUAUGUGUUUCUGUUUGCUGGUACCAUAUAUAUGAGAUAUUCUUUUCGUUUUCAUGUGCAGAUAUGUUGCUAUUUAUGUUUAUUGUUAUUGUUUUGUGUUUUGCCGUGUUUUCGCCAUUUUGUACCUGUUUUUAUACAAUACAUAUCUAUGACGUAAUUUAUGUGACCUGUCUAGACCUAAUUACAUUACCGACUUCAAAUAAUGUACAGAUUGUUUACCAGAAAUUAUUGUUUUGUUUGAAAUAAAGGUGUUUGGGUUUA